GGUAGGCAUGGGAGAAGAAUGUUGCUGUUGCUGCCCCCAUCGCACUUGUAAUCCUCCACCACCUCUUCCUUCCCCACCAUCCGAUCCUGAACUCGUUGAGCGGAUUCAUAAAUUGUUAGAUUAUGUAAUCAUGAAGGGUCCAGAGUACCAUGGCAUUGUCCGUGAAGAGGCAGAAAAUAAUCCUGACUUUGAUUUCCUGUUUGGGGCUCUAGUGGAGAGAUGGAGGCCCGAGACCCAUUCAUUCCAUCUUCCAUUCGGAGAGGUUGGAAUUACUUUGCAGGAUGUAGAGGUUUUUCUUGGAUUGCCCGUAGAUGGCAAUCCAUUGGCGGGGAUGACAGGCCGAUCCAGAGAUCAGUGGAUUCAGAUUUGUGAGGACAUGAUGGGAUUGAGGCCUCGAACAUCCGACAUUACUUCUACUAUGAUUAAGAUGUCUGCCAUUGUUCCUAAGGAACUAUCAGAUCAGAGUUUAGAUGUAGAUUACUUGCAGCAUGCUAGAGCCAUUAUGUUUAAGUUGUUGGGCGGUAGCCUAUUUCCCAACACGACGGGAAAUAGGGUUAGUUUGUAUCUUUUAGAGAUUAUCAUGGGUGACACAAACAUUGUGCGAGGUCGUGCGAUUGGUUCGGCAGUACUCAGUUACUUGUACCGUAGCAUGUGUCGUGCUAGUGCGACGAGUGCAGCACAGAUUGGAGGUUGUCUAGUCUUGUUACAGCUUUGGGCUUGGGAGCGUCUGCCUAUGACUAGACCUAGAGGGGUUAUACCAUUGGAUCAGCUGGUAGAUGUCCCAUAUGGAGUCAGAUGGGUGUGCUACCAUCGAUGGUCAGAUUGUACCACACACUCCAUACGAGCAUACAGGGACCAGCUUGACAGAUUGCUCGAGGGAGAGUUUGUUUGGAUGCCGUAUCCGAAUCUCGAGACCCUACCGCCCUAUUGUUCAGCUGGAGUCGGAAUAUGGAUCUCUAGAAUCCCCUUGAUCUAUGCGUACGUAGUGGAGAUGUACUAUCCUGAUCGCUUUUGCAGGCAGUUUAAUGCCCUACAACAAGUCCCUCAAGUUGUUGUCUAUGAUCGUCAUCUACAUCAAAUUAAGUCAAAUGUUAUGCAAAUUGGCGAUGGUGAGAGACAGUAUUUAGAGAUGUGGGAGGGGCGCUAUGACGCUACAGUGCAUAUGGAGUUUGGGUUGGUGGAUGCCACACCACAGUAUCGUCAAUGGUACUACCUUCGGGGUCGACGACAAAUAGGGAACCCAGCCCAUCAGCACGGACCAGGGUACAUCCCCAUUUCUCCGGAGCUACAGACAGCAUUAUACUGUAUGGCGGAUUGUAGUCAGCGCCUUGAUCCUGGUAGGCAUCCAGAUGGGUUUGUACCUUCGCACGAGGUAUUGAGAGUUCAUGAGUUGUUAACAGAGUGUGUUCGUGCACUGGGACAUGCAUCUAUCCUUGAUCACCCACAAGAGCAGCAUGCCUACAACCCAGGACAUAUCAGGAGACGGGCAGAUAGAAGGCGUGAUGCACCUGCUGUCGGAGUCAGACGUGGAGGGCGGGGUAGUCGGAGGUUGCAGGUCGAUGAUGAAGAUGUACACAUCCCCAUUCAAUCUCCCCCUAUGACCCAGGAUGAUGAUGAUGAAGAUGAUGGUGAAGAAGAACAUAUUCAGAGUGACACACACACACCUUCUUGCAUGGGUGAGCCGUCUAGUUCACAUCCACUUGAAUUCCACAUAGAGCAUCCUCCGAGGCGCAUGCACGAUGUAUCACCAGUGACGUUUCAUGGAGAUGUGUUUAGGAGCGAUUUCUUUACUCAGGAAAGUCAGCUCACAAAUGAGUUUGGAGAGUUUGUCUCCACUACUACACCACCGGUAAUCCAGCAGACAGUGGAUGACGUAGAAGUGGAGGGUGAAGGAGAGCAGGGGGUGUCCAAAAAUGUUGAGGAGGAAACGGAUGGUCAUCCAUUCUUUCACCAACAAAUGGAUGAACCCUCUUCAUCCCAUUUCGCUCAACAUGUUGAUAGCGAUCUAGAUGAUGCUGAGUAUUUUGCACCAUCAACGGAAGAUGAGAAAUCUUCAGAAGAGGAAGAGGACAUAUCUACAGAUGAAGAAGAAGAUGGCCAGGACCUUCGUGCAAUACCCCAAUUACAUGACCGACAAAGUCACGUACCAAAUAUGUCGUUGAGGCCAACGUUCCACAUCCCAAUUAUUGAGGUCGGCAACAGGUAUCCUUCUUUCCAAAGUCUACAACAAGCUGUGUCUUUACGGAACAUUGCGGAGCAUAGACACUUUCACACAGAAGCGAAACGGAGCAGCUAUUGGAAAGCACGUUGUGUAUAUGCCCCGCAAUGCACUUGGUUCAUACAAGCAGCAGAGAAUGCUGGGUGUAGUAUAUGGACCAUAAAGCAAUAUCAGGGGUACCACCAGUGUAGGCCGGAUUACACGCGAGCUAAGGAUGACAAAUUGUUAACUAGUGAGCUCAUUAGUGGCUUGAUUGGUCCUAAAAUUGAAGAAGAUGCUGAUUAUAAAGUCAAACUCAUAAUGAGGGAUGUUUAUGAGUUGUUCCAAGUAUCCGUCUCCUAUAAGAAGGCAUGGUGUGCAAAGUCAUUGGCCAUUCAACGAUUGUACGGUAGUUGGGAGGACUCAUACAACAAGCUGGCUCCUUUGCUCGGUGCAAUAAUGGGAUCAAACCAGGGGACAGUUGUGGAUUUGCAAACCCUACCUACGAAUGCACCGACUACAUUUCAGUUCAGGCGAACCAAUGGAUAUUUGUGGCAACAAUCUGGGUAUAAUUUUCCAAUGAAUGUGUGGAAAAAGAUCAAGCACAAUGAAGAAAAUAGGCUUUAUUGUCGUGUUGUGCAGCACCACGCACAACAUGGGAUAUACUCUGUGGUUGUGGAUGGGUCCUUCAACAAUGGUCACCGCGAGACAUUUGCGGUGAAUUUAAAUGCACGGACAUGUACUUGUGGAUAUUGGUCCUACAUCAACGCUUAUUCGGGCAUCCUAAUGCCGCUUCCAGAUGAGGCCAACUGGCCUACUCCAGGAUACGAGAUUAUUUCUGCUGAGGUAACUCCAUCUGUGGAUGGUCAAUCGUUCCUGGAUGCUGCGGAAAUUGAGGUUCCAGCGUUGGAUUGCACCAUUGAUAUUGAUAAAAUACCUGGAAUGAAGUUAACCCUGAAAUCUUCUUUGGGGGAGUUCCAGAAUCUGAUGGAAGAAGGACUUGGAGAUCAUCCAGAAGUGCCAGAGACGACAAUCAUGGGUGAUUGUGAGGAGACUGAGGCACGAAAUCCUUCCCCUGACCAUAAGAUUUCUCCAAAUUGUCCAAUACUUGGUAUUCUCCAAAUUGUUGGGGAAAUUGAACAAGAGCACGAAAAUCAACCUUCAACUCUUUCUGAUUCUGUUCUUAGUUUGGAGAACAGGAAGGUUGAGCCUAGCCAUGAGAUCAUGGAAACAGACGCUGCUGCUGCUUCUAUGAAACCUCUGAAGCCUCUGCAUGAAAUGGUUGAGCCUAGCCAUGAGGUCAUGGAAACAGACGAUGCUGCUUCUAUGAAAACUCAGCAGGACAAGGUUGUUUCUCCCCCGAAGGAAUUGGGAGAAGAGGCUGAAAUUACUGAUGGAAUUGUGUAUGGAAAGAGAGUGAAAAAGAAGUCAGCCAGUUUGAAGUCUCCUUAUACAGCGGACGGGAGGAAGAAAAAGAAAGCCGAUGAGCUCUUAUCUAAGCCGCCAACUAAAGCAGAUCUUUUGGAAUUUAAGAGAUUCAUCGUAAAAGCAAUUAAAGAUGACCGCCCUGUACAAUGCUACCUCGCCCAACACAAGGAGAUUCAGGAUUUUGUGAAAACGUUCUGGACUGACCUUAUCACUCCAGAUUUUUUUGUAGCAGAUACUCAUCUGAGUGAGUACCUUUACGUCCUUAGAAGACGUUUAUGCAAUGACGAUGGAGACUCAUGCAUUGCGCCUCUUGAAUUCAACAAUUACGUGAACUCUUAUGCGACUGACCCAGAGUGGCCUGUUUUGUCUGGACCCCUUGAAAAGAUUGUGGAUGGUACAUACAGCGAGGGGCCAGAAGCAUUUAAAACCAAAGCCUGGAAUAAGAACACUAAGUACGUAUAUUAUUUGAAAGGCACGGAGUCACAUUGGUUCUGUAUCAAGGCUGACUUUGAGAGGUGCCGCCUCGUCGUGCUUGACUCCCUUAGGAGGAUAAUUUCAAUUGAGAGGAUGGCUGGUUUGCUGAAGGAUGAUCUUAUGGGGUUUAAAGGCAUUGCUGGAAUUAGAGAAAUCGGCAAGCACGGAUAUGCCGAUUGGGAAUUUGAAUACUGCACAGUACCCCAACAGAUUGAUUGUGACUGCGGCAUCUUCGCGGUCAUUCAUUCUCGCUAUCAUCCACGGGAGGAGAGAUUGGAUAUAUAUACUCGGAUUGGGUGCUAUCCAGUCCGAGUUGUUCUUGGAGAUGACGGCAAGCAUCGAAUCGCUGCCGAGAAUGGAUGGAGAUACUUUCUCUAUGACCACCACUGCCAAAAUCUUUGGCAUAUUCUGUUCAAAAAAUUAUCAGAGGCAGCAUACCAAGCCAUUGUGAUUUCGACACUUGGUUCAGAAGUUGACUACCCAAUAAGAAUUCCUGAUUAUGAUUCUGAUGAUGAUGAUGACAUCUUUGUUUGCAAGUGGGAAGAAACGCACUUUCGGGAGUCAUCCGAGAAGCUGGCCUUAAGUGACAAAUUUUGCGAAGCAAAUGGCUUUGUAGAGGGAAAAACAGAUGUCACUCUCAUAGGACCCAACAUGCAGCCCGUGGUCUGCACACUCAAGGUUGAUUGUUUUGGUGAUGGGUUCCUGAAGAGAAUGUGGCGUUACUUUGUUGAUUCGAAUGGUUUGCGUAUUGGGGACAAGCUUGUGAUGAGGCCGGUGGGGAACAACACCUUUAUGGUGGGAGUUUACCGUCAUCACAGACGGUAAACAAAAAAUUAAUUGAUUGUUAUUUAAUGAACAUUAUCAUUAUCCGAUCUUUUCCAGAUAUGCGUGCCUGGGGAUUUAAUGUGUUUGUACAACUCUUUUUUCGGUUAAGUUCUUAGGCUUUUUACUUUUUCUUAUUGGAUAAUUCGACCUAUUUGACCUUUGUGACCAUAUUCGACCACUCGCAAUUUUUAGAUUGAGUUGGCGUUUCACGCAAUUUCUACCCUUUCCAAAUAGACCUUUUCAUUUAUUUUUUUAUUACAAAAAAUUAAAAGGUCUUUCAAAACAAUAAAUUUUUGGAUAAAAG